GCCUCAUUGAUCCCGCGAAGCCCUCAACAUCCUUAUGUGGGGAACUCCGUUCGCAUAAUUUUGUUCAGCGCGACAGAGGAUCCUCCUGAAUCAAUUGUUGUCCUCCUUCGGAGCAAGCAAGACAACCGGCGAACAUUCGCGCGGGUAUCCGCCAGGUCGGAGCCCCUCGGCCACGGCGGUGUCCCGAUCGCGCCCGCACAGUACACACGACGGAGGUGUAGAGGAGGAGGAGGAGGAGGAGGAGGAGGAGGAGGAGGAGGCGAGAGCGAGAAGGAGAGACAACAAAAGCAGAGCGCCCAACUGCCACGCAGCGGACCCAACAGCCUCAACAGCCAGCAAGCACGGUGAGCCAUCGCGGCUUCCGCCCAAGCGCUGGGAGACUGAAGCGCACAAGGCCUGAACAAUGAUCACGGGGUCGACUCCUCGAGUGGUGGCUGGGCACAUGCGUCCGACCACACUUCAUCAUCGGACACCGCAGGAGAUCAAGGUAUCAGCGAAUCCGCAUCCAAGGUACAGUCCACCCGUACAAUAAGGACGCGCAUCGUGAGAAGGUAUCACGCGAAGCGCCCCGCCCGCCCGACCGACACGUCUGGAGGUGCGACGAGGAGGAUACAUUCAGAAGAAGGUGAGGAGCAUGCCGGCAACGUGCAGGCCGUCCCAGGCAAGGAUGGUCGACGAGCGAAUCAGGGGGCCAGCGCGCGCUCCUCCUCAAGGGAGGCGGGGCUCCUCCUUUCCCCUGCCCGUCCGAGGGAUCCAGCCCUGGCACAACUGCGUGGCAGCCGAUCUCGCCUCGUCGGCUGCACGAUGCUUCUGUUCCAGGCCGAGGAGUCCACAGAAAGCAUCUCCCUGCACGCCCUCGCGGGCGGACGGAGGAGGGAGAGGAGGCCCGCCCGCGCCGCCGAGGCGCGACGGCGCGCCGCGGGGGCUCGCAAAGGCCGUCGUCACUCGGAGCCAGCCCGUCGCAGCCGGGGCCGCGGCCCCCGCGGCCCGCAGGGUGGGGCCCUCGCCGCAGGGGGACCGCCGCGCUCACUGCUCCGAGUUGGCGAAAGAGGUGUUGCGGUGGAUCUCCUUGGGGGCAGGAGGCACGUCCCGCCCCUCCGCGCGGAGGGGAGGCGAGGACAGCACAGGGGGGGGUGGCUUUUGGACGUUUCCCCGGGCCAAAAAGCGCCGCCAUCACCGCCAGCCAGGACCUCCCAGAUCCCCUGGAUCACCAGGUCGGGAGGGGGGUCCUGGCUGGAGGUGGGGUUGGGUUGUGCCGUCCUCAGGAGAACGGGAGCUGGGCAGAUGCAUCUCGGGCACCUCGGGCACCUCGGGCAGCGAAUGUGCGUCCAAAGCGGUUGCAACAGGGGUGCGGGAAGUCGUGCCCCUGAUGCCGCCUUUACGAAGGGGGGACGAGAAGAAAGAAGCGGCCCCAGGGGUCCUGGUGGACAGAAGCGAAACAUCUGCCACCUGCCCGCUUGCAGAGCGGGGGAACGGCGGAGAUGAAGUCACCUCAACAUCCCUGCUUGCUCCGCCCCCCCCUCUCCCCUCCCCUCGCCCCUUUCCCAUGGGCAGACAGCGGGGGGGGAGUAGCAGGCGCUAGCAGGCGUCAGGAGGCGUUAGUCGGCGCCAAGGAAGGCGGCGUUGGUCGGCGCUGGUGGGACGCAGCGGUGGGCAAGCCGCAGGAUGCUGGUUGCAGUGGGGCUCCUCCAGCUCCUCGCGAGCUGCGCGCAAA